AUGAAUGAUAUAAAGAGUGGUUAUCGUAUGAGUUCCUUUCGCGUUAGAGGAGCAAUGAUGAUUAAAAAUAAAAAGAAGUCCUCGACCGCUUUAACUUCUCCUCGCGCAAAUGGUCAUUAUAAUCCUCUAAAUAUCAUUGGCAAAGGAGCCUUUGGCGUUGUAUUUUGUGCCAGGGCUCCAACAGGUGAUGUUGUAGCCAUCAAAAAAGUGUUAAUUGACCCCAGAUACAAAAAUAGAGAACUUGAUAUAAUUUCGACAAUCAAACAUCAUAAUUGCAUAACAUUACGUGAUUCUUUUAGAAUACAAGGUCGAAAGAAAGGCGAAAUUUUCUUAAAUAUUGUAAUGGAUUAUUAUCCAAUGACUCUUUACGAUUUUACAUUAAAUUACAGAAAUCAGCGCUUAUAUGUACCUAUUCUAUACAUCAAGCUCUUCAGCUAUCAACUUUUCGCGGGAUUAAGGUAUCUCCACAAGCGUAGAAUUGUUCAUCGCGACAUCAAGCCACAAAACUUGCUUGUCAACCAGGAGACAGGUGUUCUUAAAAUCUGCGACUUCGGAUCGGCUAAAAUCAUUAAGCCAGGCGAUAAAUCCGUUUCUUACAUUGCGUCGAGAUUUUAUCGAGCUCCGGAAUUGAUAUUAGACUGCCAAGUUUACGGGCCGCCAAUAGAUAUUUGGGCGUCAGGAUGCGUUAUUGCUGAGGCUAUAAACUCAGCUUCCCCUUUGUUUGUCUCUGAAACAUCAAAUGGCCAAAUAAACGCCAUUAUUAAGAUCUUCGGACAGCCAAAUCCGGAAGAUUUUGCAGAUUACGCGCAUGGAAAUUCAGUUCCUACUGACGUUCAACAAGAAACUACUUUGGAAAAAGUAUUACCUGGUCAUACCCCUCCAGAUUUGAUUGAUCUCCUCAAGAAAUGCUUUAUAUACAAUCCAAAUGAACGAAUUACUGCGGAACAAGCCAUGGCUCACCCUUGUUUCAACGAAUUAUUCCACAGAGACAUCGUAUUGCCAAGCGGAAAGCCUUUCCCUCCUCUAGAUCCUGUUCUUUAG